AUGGGCAAGCAGGCUCGGAGAUUUAACUCCGAGUCGGCAAUAGAUGCCAACUGUGACAAUGCUCAAACACUCGCCGACAUUGUACUCACGAGGCUUGAAGUCAAGACCAUGAAAGGAACCCUCCCAACAAAUUCAUGCUUCGACCGGAUCUUGCGAGAAGGGCCCAGCCGUGUGCUAUGCGCGCAUGAAGAGGACCAGCCUUGUAUUCUCUGUAGUAUGAAGGCUUCUGCUGCUUCAUACGUUGAUCCCAAGCCUCAAGCACUUGAAACUAAAAGCAUUCACUUGUAUCUACAUCAAUUGCAAUGGAGGUGGGAAACUUCUGACAUACAUUUCCGCAUCCCUUCCUCCUCCUCGCCCAGCAAUGCGAGACAUAGCGGCCUCUCGCAAGUUCAUCGAUCUCAUUCGCCAGGUGUCGUCCAUGUGGGCCAAUUGGGACCCACCCCUUCAAAUCAGGGUUGGUUUAGAUCUCUGCGCCGAUUUUGGCUCAUCUAUGAGGUCGUAGGUGGGGACUAUGGGACGAUCAAUAAUGACACCGGAGAGCUUAAAGUGGAAGGGAAUAUCUACGAUAAAUCGUUCCAAACGUCGUUGAACCAGCAAGGCUUGAAGAUCAAUCUAUCUGAAUACCAGCCCAAGAAGGGUGCCGUCGAUAACAACAUGAUCAUAUUGUCGCAGGGCGUCAAACAGGAAGAAUUUUCGCUGAAGCCAGAAGUCUCCAUCCACAACCUGGCCUCUGCUUCCUUCAAGGCCGAGUUUCAGUUUCAGGGGGGCAAGCGAGGCGCUGUCCUCGUGAUGCACAAGCCCCUGCAGGAAUAUAUCCCCCCGGGCAAGGUUCUGAUGCUUGUCCACAAGGCGAAUGAGCUACAUGGCAAGUAUCUCGUCACCAAGGCAUUCACAUGUCCGGGGUAUUACUUCUACUUGUCUAACAAGUCCAGAGAGAAGGCAGGGCUAGCGCUCACCGCUAGAGAAGCGUCUGUGGAUUGGUGGACAGAUGUUCGUGCUGCAUUCCUCCGAAAGGCGUUUGACAAGACUGAACAGUACCGCUACACGCCUCUCUACGCCCUGAAACACCGAAGUAAUGGGUGGUUCGGGCGGAGAUGCCGAGGGGAUGAGGAACGAGUGACGGAAGAUGAUCUGUGGCCUGACUGUAUGCCACCGUGGCAACCUCUUGAUGAGGACGGAGACGAAGAUCCCGUGUGGGAAGAAGACGUUGAUGAAGACUUUUCUCGCCGAUCUGCAGUAGAGAGCAGUUUUCCGUUCGCAUGACCACGAUACGUCUAUUUUGACCUGUUUGUGUUUAUCCGUUGGAUGGUCGAUUGAUCAGAAUAUGAUCUGCACUGCCUAUAUAUGUACGACUUCUCUCUCAUCUGUAUGUCAUGCAAUACUUUUCUCACCAGCCCGAGGCGCUUGUCGACAAUCCCCGACUCCCAGGAAGUGGAGGGGAUUUAUUAGCAGCUUCUGUUCAAUUGAUCAUGGAAAAUUGUUGCGGCACUGAAGGGGCCUUG